GGCCUGAGGUGAUGCCAGCUCAUGGUAUGUUUUCUUUCUGAUUGAGCUUGUGGGUUGCUGCAUCACUGUGAGCUCUGGUUCUUUUCCUCUUUGCGACUUCCGCUCUUCUCUAAGCUAAAGGAGGCUCAUCUUGCAUCCAUGGCCUCUGAGGCUUUGCCAACAGAUCAAACGACUGAUGGGAUUCUUGAGGAGAAGGAAGAGAUUGACAAUAUAAAAGAUACCAAUGCAGAGAAUGUUUCUGAACCAAAGGAAAUUGAAAGUAAGGAUGAGGAAACAAAGCUGAAAGCAGAGAGUUCAACAUAUGAUGAGACAGCUUUAACUGGAUCAGAAGAAAAGCCAGAAGGUAAGAGUGAUUCCACAGAUGAGGUGAGAAAGGCAGAAAAAGAUAAUGAUAAGGCUUCUGGUUCAGAUGAUUUGUUGGUUCAUGUUGUGGAAGAGGUGGACAAUUUUAAAAAGGAAGCUGAAAUCUCUGCCCCUUCAGAACAAGCAGCUGAAGUUACUGGAGAAGAAUUAAAGAAUCAAGCCGAUGUAUCUAAUACUCCUGUACGACCACCUGAAGUGGUUGAAAAACCAACGGAGGAUUUUGAGGAAUCUUCAAUUCAAGAAUCAAAUUCAGAAGCAUCAAAAGAGCGAGCAGUUUCAGAAUCAGUGACCGAAAAAGUAGAAGGUGCAGGAGAAGUUACAGAGCCUUCCACCAUUCCAAGUUCAAUUUCCGAAGCAGAAAACAAUCAAAAGGAGCCACCAAUUUUGUCUACUGCCAAAGAGCCUGCAUCUAAUGGUGUUGAAGGCCUUGGUACUCAGGAAGGUGCCAAGGCUUCCCAAGGUGAAAGCAAGAAAGUUGAGGAGGCUGUUUCAUUUGAAAAUUUGGGUGCAGUUGUGACAGAUGUUGCCGAGCUCCAAGAAGCUGGAAAAGGGGCUGUUGCUCUUGAGGCUACUGUUGCACCUGGAAAGACUGAUGCAAAUUCAAAUGCUGAUGAAGCCAUUGAGGAUUCUGCAAAAGAAGAAAUGAGGAGUCGUGAAGUUGAAAAGGUGGUGAAAGGAGUAGCAGUUGAUGCUGGCAAGCCAGAUCCUUCUGCUGCUAUAGAAGUGUUAGAGGCUGCUGAUGCCAGUUCGGUUACCAAAAUCACUGAAGAACCCAUGAAGCCGGAAACUAAGGUUGAAGAACAGCAGGAAAAGAUUAUUGAAGAUAAAGAACCAUAUCUAAGUGAUAAAAAGAAAAUUGAUGCUGCUAGUGAUGCAGAUACAUAUGAAGGAGAGAAGGUUACUGAAAGUAUUGAAAAGCUUGAGGAGAAGAAGAAUGAGAGCUUGGAAGGUGACGAGGCAGCUUUGAUAGAGAUCUCUGAAUAUCUCAAUGCUGCUACAGAAGUUCCUGAAGUCUCUUCAGGGGAAAGGAAGGUCUCUGAAGGUGCUGAACGUAAAGAGGAAAUCACCAAACAACCUGAUGCUGCUUCCAUGAUUGCAGAGGCUUCAUCCCAGGUGGAGAAGGAUUCUGAAGGUUCUGCAAUGUUUGAGGAGACAAAGAAUGAAGGUUUGAAAGACGAGAAGAUAUCUCUAGGAGAGACCUCUAAGGAUUUUGAUGCUGCCUCUGAAGUUGCUGGCUUUUCAUCUCAGGAAAAGAACGUCACUGGAAGUCCUGAAAUUGUCACAGAAAAGAAGGAAGAGAGUUUGGAAAGUGACAAGACAACAUCAGUUGAGACCUCCAAAAGUUUUGAUGCUGCUGCUUGCACUGCUGUAGUCUCAUCCAAAGAUGAGAAAUCUUCUAUAGCUACUGAGAUGGUUGAGGAGAAGAAGGAUAACAGUCAAGAAGGUGAAAAACCAACUUCAGUUGAGACCUCCAAAGAUUUCAAUGUUGCUGCUGGCAUCUCCAGAGUCUCAUCAGGGGAGGAGAAAACAUCUGGUGGUACCGAAAUGGUUCAGGAGAAGAAGGAUGAGGGAGAAAGAGCUCCUGAAAGUACUGAAACAAUUAGUGAAAAGAAGGGUGAGGUUUUGGAAAGUGCAAGGAAGACGCUAGGUGAAACUUUUAAAGAACAUGAUAUGGAGGAAAAGAAUAUUUUCGCUGCAUCUGCUGCAGAACGAGUUGCUGAUUCUGAGGAGGUUGAGAAGGGUAAGGAACUUGCAAAAGACACAGCAGGGACUAGGAAACCUGAUGAUGGAAACAUAAGCGACCCCUCCAAAAAUGAUGUUCCAAAGCAAGACAAAGAGUCCCCUAAACAAGAGGCUCCUAAAGCCUCUCAACGCCAUUCAAAUAACAUAAUAUCAAAGGUGAAACAUUCAAUUGUGAAGGCAAAGAGAGCAAUCCUUGGCAAAUCACCUAGUUCAAAGACCAUGUCUGCAGGAACCAAAGAUGAGAUUAAAGUGAAUUGAUGGAGAAGCAGGUUUUUCAGUUUAAAAGGUCGCAUCAUUUGUUAUAGGCUCUGGCAUCUAUUAUGUUCUACAGGUCAUUCUUGCAUCCACUGAAUUUGCCUGUGCUGGUGUGCCUCCCACAUGGUGCCCCCGUGGUGGAGAAAUUAUGUGAAUAAAUAGAUGAACAAUUAAUUUGGGAGGAUUCAAACAAUGCUACCUGCAGGGAAGGAUUUACUGAAAAUAUGCCUCUUAGCUUGAUGAUGGAAAUGAUGAAUUGUAUGGUAUCGGUUCAAUGUAUUGUUUUUUUUUUUUUUGAUGGGGUGCUUGUGUUUGACUUGGUUAUAUUUUCUUUGAGUGUUUAUAUAUAUUUUGAGAUAUUCUUUUUUUUUUUGAUGGAACAGAGGGUAAUAUAUCCACCCUUUUUUUUUGGUUAUAAACUUAGUACUGCUUACGGAGUUUGUACAUUGGUUUUGUCUUGUAUUAUCCGUGCAUGUGAGUGAUCAGGAAAAAAUUACAAGG